ACUACAUACUACCCCCCACUAUGACCGACAAACCGGAACUCAAACCUCUCCACCAAACCCUCUUCGACGAGGGUAUGAAAGUUCGUCGUGAGGUCCUGGGCGACGCCUACGUCGACAGAGCCCUUGCCAACGGGUCCAGUGAAUUUGCCCGUCCGGGCCAAGAGCUCAUUACCGAGGUGGGAUGGGGGUAUAUCUGGACCCGGCCGGGGCUUGAACGGAAGCAACGGAGUAUUUUGAAUUUGGGAAUGCUCAUCGCGUUGAAAGCCUGGCCUGAACUGGCUGUCCAUACCCGCGGCGCUAUCAACAACGGUCUUACUGAGAAGGAGAUCAGCGAGGCGGUUCUGCAGGCGACGGUUUACUGUGGGGCCCCGGCGGGGAUCGAGGCUACGAAGGUUACGGAGAGGGUUAUUAACGAGAUGAUCGAGAGUGGUGAGUAUAAGAGGCCUUGA